AUGUGCGGCAUUUUCGCCUACAUCAACCACUUGGUGGAGAAGGACCGCAAGCAGGUCAUUGACGUCCUCGUCAAUGGCCUUGCCCGUCUCGAGUACAGAGGUUACGACUCUGCCGGUAUUGCGAUCGAUGGUGACACCGAAAAGGACACCCUUAUCUUCAAGCAGGUUGGCAAGGUCGCUGCUCUCCGCAAGCACAUUGACGAGUCGCCUAUCGACCUUCACAAGGUUUCCAUCUCUCAGAUGGGUAUGGCUCACACCCGAUGGGCCACCCACGGUCAGCCCAGCCCCUUGAACUGCCACCCUCAUCGAUCCGACCCAACCAACGAGUUCACCGUCGUUCACAACGGUAUCAUCACCAACUUCAGAGAACUCAGGAUGGUCCUCGAAAAGCGUGGCUUCAAGUUCGAGAGCGACACCGACACCGAAUCCGUUGCCAUUCUCUGCAAGUACCUUUACGACUCGGCUCAGGGUCGCAAGCCCGACUUUACCUCGCUCAUCAAGAGCGUUGUCAAGGAGCUCGAGGGAGCCUUCUCCUUCGUUUUCAAGUCGGUCCACUUCCCCGGCGAGGUCGUCGUCGCUCGACGUGGUUCGCCUUUGCUCAUCGGUGUUAAGACCGAAAAGAAGCUCAAGGUCGACUUUGUCGACGUCGAGCUUGGCGGUGCUGUCGACGAGACUGGAUUUGGCGAUGCUGGUCUCCUUGCUCCUCCGGGAGGUAACCCGUCGGGCCCAGGCUCGCUUUCAGUGCCCAACGCCAACAACAAGCUCCUUCGAUCCCAGUCUCGCGCCUUCCUUUCUGAGGACGGCCUUCCACAGCCCAUCGAAUAUUUCAUCGCUUCCGACGCCUCCGCCGUUGUCGAGCACACCAAGCGUGUGCUCUACCUCGAGGACGAUGACGUCGCCCACAUCUCCGAGGGUGAGCUCCACAUCCACCGACUCCGCAGGAACGACGGUCUCAGCUCUAUGCGUUCCAUCGAGACCCUCGAGAUGGAGCUGGCCGAAAUCAUGAAGGGCUCCUUCGAUCACUUUAUGCAGAAGGAGAUCUACGAGCAGCCCGAGUCGGUCGUUAACACUAUGCGAGGUCGUGUCGACUUCGACAAGCGACAGGUCAAGCUCGGAGGUCUCACUGCUUUCCUCAACACCAUCCGCCGUUGUCGCAGAAUCGUCAUGACGGCUUGCGGUACCUCCUACCACUCGUGCCUCGCCACUCGCGCCAUUUUCGAAGAGCUGACCGAGAUUCCCGUCUCUGUCGAGCUCGCUUCCGACUUUUUGGACCGCAAGACGCCCAUCUUCCGUGACGACGUCUGCGUCUUUGUCUCCCAGUCUGGUGAGACUGCGGACACCAUCCUUGCCCUUCGAUACUGCUUGGAGCGCGGUGCUCUCUGCCUUGGUGUUGUCAACACGGUCGGUUCCACAAUGUCGCGCGAGACUCACUGCGGAAUUCACAUCAACGCGGGCCCCGAAAUUGGUGUUGCAUCGACCAAGGCGUACACCUCGCAGUACAUUGCCCUCAUCAUGAUGGCUGUUCAGCUUUGUGAGGACCGAAUCUCGAUGACCGAGCGAAGAAAGGCCAUCAUCGACGGCCUUCACGCCCUUCCCGACCAGAUUAAGACCAUCCUUGCCCAGGACAAGGCGCUCCAGUCGCUCGCGCACAACACGCUCGCCAAGGAGCGCUCCCUGCUCAUCAUGGGCCGUGGCUACCAGCACGCAACCUGUCUCGAGGGUGCUCUUAAGAUCAAGGAAGUCUGCUAUAUGCACUCGGAAGGUAUCCUCGCCGGUGAGCUCAAGCACGGCCCACUUGCCCUUAUUGAUGAAUCGAUGCCUGUCAUCCUUAUCAUGACCAAGGACUCGCUCUAUCCAAAGGUGCAGACCGCUCUCAUGCAGGUCACAGCACGAAAGGGUCAACCCAUUGUCAUCUGCAACGACGAUGACCAGGACAUCAAGCCCGGCAUGAAGACUAUCCGCGUGCCGCGCACCGUCGACUGUCUACAGGGUCUUCUGACCGUCAUUCCUCUUCAGCUCCUCUCAUACCACCUUGCCACAGCGGCAGGCGUCGAUGUUGAUUUCCCGCGCAACCUUGCUAAGUCGGUGACCGUUGAGUAA